GGCACUUGUAUGGAGAGGACUGUUGGCCUCUGAAGGGAUAGAGCUAGUUCAGGCCCAGCCUGCUGCUCCUUCUCUGCUUCUCUCCUUUUUUCUUUUCCUCUCUCACUCUCUCUUCCUGUCCUGUCUGUUUAAGGGGAGAAAGAUUGGGCAAAUUCCUUCAAGCUACUUUACUUCAGGUUUCUGUGGGAUUUAAACAUGCACACUGAAGUUUUGGUACAGUCCAUGUUGGUGCCGUUGUUUCUCAUUCUGCUCUCUACCGUGGAGGACACUUUGUUACAGUCGGUGAGCCAGGUGGGUGGUGAGUGUAGGCUGUCCGCGGAGUCAUCCCAGCGCCGCUGCCGGACACCUGAUGGCAAGAUCUGCAGUGGGCGGGGCCAGUGUGACUGCGGCGUCUGCAUCUGCGAAGCAAGAGAUCCAGGGAAGUUCUUUGGACCGCACUGCGAGUGCCAUGACUGGGUGUGUGCCACAUAUAACGGGAAAACAUGCAAUGACCGCGGCUACUGUGACUGUGGGAUGUGUGAGUGUGAUGAGGGCUGGUCCGGAGAUGCCUGCCAGUUCCAGGAGGAGUGUAACCUACCCAACAAGAAGAGCAAAGAGCUCUGCAAAAACCCUCAGGGGGUGGUGUGCUCCAACAGAGGCACCUGUCAGUGUGGCAGCUGUAUGUGUAACAGCGAGGACAAAAGGGGUCUGGUGACGGGAAGUUUCUGUGAGUGUGAUGACAGCGAGUGCCUGGAAGAAGACACCGGAGAGGUGUGUGGAGGCCACGGCCAGUGCUACUGUGGAAACUGUUACUGUGCUGCUGGUUGGCAUGGAGACAAAUGUGAAUUCCAGUGUGACAUCAGCCCAUGGGAAAGCAAGCGGAGAUGCACAUCUCCAGAUGGCAAAAUCUGCAGCAACAGAGGUACCUGUGUGUGUGGGGAGUGUAACUGCCACGAUGUAGAUCCCUCAGGCGACUGGGGAGAUAUUCAUGGGGACACAUGCGAGUGUGAUGAGAGAAACUGUCAUGCAACCUACGACCGAUACACGGAUGACUUCUGCUCCGGUCAGGGCCAGUGUAAUUGUGGCAGGUGUGACUGCAAGGACGGAUGGGCCGGGAAGAAGUGCGAGCAUCCUCUGUCCUGCUCCAUGUCUCUGGAGAGCAGUCUGAAGAAGUGUCGCGGAACGUCCAAUUUGCCCUGCUUUGGACGAGGUCAGUGUCAGUGUGGACAGUGUAUCUGCCACCCACCGGGGGACAACCGAGUUCACGGCAAAAACUGUGAGUGUGACGACCGGCAGUGUGAGGACAUCAGUGGAGAGGUCUGCGGAGGUCACGGUUUCUGUUCAUGCGGACGCUGCAUCUGCCAGGAGGGCUGGUUCGGGAAGCUGUGCCAGUUCCCCAGGUCCUGUGACAUGAGCGACGCCCAGAGCAAGGAGCUCUGUGAGACAUCUGACGGAGUCGUGUGCAGCGGGAAAGGAUCCUGUCACUGUGGACAAUGCAUCUGCUCCGCCCAAGAGGGUUGGGUGUCCGGAGAGUUCUGCGAGUGUGACGACCGAGAGUGUGACAAACACGAUGGACUCAUCUGUACAGGGAACGGGCUGUGCAACUGUGGCAGCUGUGAGUGCUGGGACGGCUGGACAGGGAACGCCUGCGAGAUCUGGGUGGGAGCAGAGUACUGACGAGAAGAGGACACUUGAGUUUAGAGACAAGAGGACUGGGCUGCCCGGAGCGACCAGAGGACAGUCGGAUGGUCACCACCAGACCGGUUGUAAACCAAGUUAGGAAGAAGACUAAACGGAGAGGAAAAUUCUGCAUAUGAUAAACAGCAUUCAUUCUUUUAUUGUACUGGUUACAAGUUUUCCUUUUAAAACUGUAAAACUGGGCGUUGUAGGUAUAAAAGAAACAAAAAUAUUACCAUGUUCACAAACAGUGUUAUGUUUAAUUGUUAUAUAAUGUAGAAAAGCUUUGAAGAUGAAUUCACAUAAAAUGAUGCAAGUACAAAUGCAAAUGAUGGAAAGAAGAAUAAAUAUUAAAGUUGUCUUUAGAAUAUGAGGCAUACUUGUUGACUGUACAUUAGAAGUGGACGUAGCCGCUUGGUUCAAAAGCAAAGCCAGUACUGAAGUGCCGACAGCUGCAUUCUGUUUGAUGGCCUGUAGGGGGCAACUCCAAUAAUCGCAAAAAUAAGUCAAAUUGUAUGAAGAAUUGAAAAAUUGACCUGACUUCCAGGUUGAUUCAUUAGCUCUGUAAGCAUUUCCUUAAGAUGUGUAUGACAUCAAAUGUUAGUUUAAAGUCUAGUUCAACAUGGUGCUGGUUUUGUUUAAUAUGGUCACAUUUAGAGUAAAGUUGUCAAUAAAGCAGGGGAUGGUUUUGGGCGGGGACACUUGGGAUUGACAAGUCCCUUCCACAGUCAACAAGGUUAGAGUGAAAUAAGGUGUAUCCAUCCUCCCAUCCAAUAUGGUCAUUUUAAAAAAACUUGGCAAAGGCCAAACUGUCAACUUAAAGGGAUAUUACGCCGUUCCAAUAUUUCAGACAUACAUGUAAAAAUGUUGGAUAUUAAUACAAGAAUGUCCGAGUAAUCCCUCAGUCUUCAGAGCUCAGUGUGCAGGUUGCUCUAAACUUCAGAUUUGAGACAAUUUUUUUAAACCAUGGAGAUUUUGUGACAUCGCAGCGUCACAUAACUCCUUAUAUGGUCAUGUACCCGAGGUACGGGGGAACAACGACACGCCCCAGGGUUUUUGGAGAACAAAGUGAGCUUGAAGUAAGCGGGGCCCUAAAGAGACAGUACCUGAAAUUGGCCAUCUAAGCAAGAUUAGAAAGAUUAGGAAGUUUUUUUGGGGGGGGUUGUAUAUCAUGCAAAGCUACUACAGAGGUUUUACAAUUUGAAAGUAUAAAAUUUGCCUUCAUUUAAAACAGGACAACAAGGCGGCUAUGUCUGCUUCUUUUUUACAGUCUGAAGAGAUGCUGCAGGGGUUAAUGUAGGUUUGUUUUUUAAUGCUGGUUGUUCAAAACCUGUAAAGAAAGUUCACACACGAGGUGGAGACAGAGGUUACUGUUUGAGGUUUUUAUUUCUUUUUUUAAUAAUAAAACAUUAAAUGUGCCGCA